AUGGCAAACAUCCCCUUCCCCCACCCCUUCACCACCACCCCCGCCACAACCCCCUUCCACAUCCCCAAAACCGACUGGCUCGCCGCCAACCCACGCUUCGCAAACCUCGCCAUCGGCGCCGUCGUCUUCAGCCCCCCGCUCCCCCAAUCCCCAAACCAAACCACCACCACCACCACGCCCAAAAUCCUCCUCCUCCAACGCGCCGCCCACGAAGCAUACGCAAACACCUGGGAGCCCCCCGGCGGCGGCUGCGAAGACGCCACCAUCGACCGCACGCUCCUGCACGGCGUAGGGCGCGAGCUAUGGGAGGAAGCGGGGCUGGUGAUGACGCGCGUGAUGGCUCGCGUAGGCGGCGUGCAUGCGUGGAGCCAUAAGGUCAAGGGACAAUGGGCGAAGAUUGUGUUUUGGGUGGAGGUCGAACGGGGUGCGGACGGAGACGGAAACGGAAACGGAAACGGAAACGGGGAGGGCGAUGUUGUUGUGAGGCUGGAUCCGAAGGAACAUCAGGCGUUUGUGUGGGCGAGUGAGGAGGAGGUUUUGGCGGGACGGGUUGGGGGCGUGGAGGUGGGGUUUAUGGAGGGGGCGAGGGAGAUGUUUGUUGAUGCGUUUCGGGUGAGGAGGGAGGCUGUUGCUGCGUUGGGGGAGGGAGGGGCUGGAUUUGCGGAAGGGGGUGAGGAUGGUGGUGUGGGUGUUGCGGUGUAGAGGCUUGCGUUCAUGAGAGGUGGCUAGAUGGGAUAGAGGAAAGCUGGCGGUGGAGACAUGGUAUCAUGGUAGAUGGAUGGAUAGGAGAAGAAAAGGGCACGAACGAGCUGACGAAAAGUCAUUGGCAAGCCAACCAGUGUGUGGCUUCUUAGCAUUAGGUAUAGAAUAGAAUUAGUUAUAGACUUAUUAUAAGGUACUUUGCUAUACAAAGCUCCUCUAGCCACC